AUGACCAGGCGGAGCGCCAAUGCGAGCGAUACCGGAAAGGAUGGCGGCGCAGCUUCCGCCGGGCUUGGCGGAGGAGAGGAGCGAGGCGUAUGCGGUAGCGGCGGCGGCGGCGGCGGCGGCGGCGGCGGAGGUGACGGAGGCGGCUUGCGCGCGGAGCAGCUGCAGCGCGCAGAUAUGGCGGUGGUCGGCGCGCCGGCCGCCGCGAUCAUGCUGCCACGUGUCGCUUACAAGGCGGUACACGUGGCGGAGUUCGAGCAGCAGUGCCAGGCGCUAGUGCAGGACCUCUGCAGUGCGUUGGACGCAUGUGAGGCGGUGGAAGGAGCGCGUCUGGCAGAUAGGGACAUCAGUGUGCACGAUCUCAUAAUCCCCUCCAUGGAAGAGCUCGUGGCUGUCUGCUGCUGCACCAUCCACCCCAACCGUUCUCCACCCCUCUGCUGCCCUUCAAUGGAAGAGCUCGUGGCUGCACUCUGCUGCUGCACCAUCCACCCCAUCCCUCUCUUCUCCUCCCUUUUCCUCUCCAUCCCGCUUGUGCACGACCUCAUCAUCCCCUCCAUGGAAGAGCUUGUGGCCGUCACUGUGCCUUACCUCUGCUGUUGGUCCUCUCUCCCCGUGCCAAUCGUGCAUGAUCUCAUCAUCCCCUCCAUGGAAGAGCUUGUGGCUGCCACUGUGCCUUACCUCUGGUCGUCCAAGCAGUCAACGCAGUCAGCAAAGUCAGGAGCAAGGUCAACGCAGCUGGGAAGGUCAACGCAGCCGGGAAGGUCAACGCAGCCGGGAAGGUCAACGCAGUCCAAACAGUCAACUGGGAAGGCUGCAGAGCCACCGGCGCACCACAAAGGCAAGGAGAGUGGAUCUGGCAGGGCACACAUGCAGAGAAUUGAGGUAGAGCACGAGGGAGAGGAGGGGAUGGAGGGGGGGAUAGAGGAAGAGGGGAUGGGGGUAGAGGAGGGGGGGGGGGAAGAGGGGAUGGAGGAGGGAGUGUGUGUCCAAGAGGGUGCUGCUGGGGCAGAGGAGGAAAAGGAUGAAGGGGCGAUGGGAAGGGAUGAAGGGGCGGUGGAAGGGGGAGAAAGAGAGGAUAUGAGGAAGCAACACCUGAUGGCAAACCGAAUGCAAGGGCCCGGUGCUUACUCCCUGCCUCCCCAUGCACCCUCCCAUGCUCCACCCAACGUACCACCCUUCCUGUUCAAUGCUGCCGCACACCCGCCCCCUCCCUGGCUCCUGCAUCCCCACCUGUGGCCGCCCCGGCCUCCUCCUUUUCCCUCGCAUGCAUCCUCUAACCCCCCUUCUCCUGACGUGGAUGCCACAGCUGACGUGGAUGCCACAGCUGACGUGGAUGCUGACAAUCAAGCCCUUGUUCUUCGAACGGUUGACGCUGAAGCUACAGCCGGUGAUGCCGCUGCUCUCGCUCAUGCAGGCACUGCAUGUAGACAUGCAAAGCCCAUGCAUGUCCUGCGGCAUGUGGAAGCAGAAGGCGGGGAUAGAGAGAGUCUGGAUGAUGCACGUGUGAUGCAUCAUGGUAACAGCGAGCCGAGAGCCACCGACGACGGGGAUACAGACACAGAGAGCCUGGCUCUUGCACUCGCGGCUCAUGAUGGAGCUGCUUCUGAAUCGUAUGAGCAUAUGGCAUAUGACAACGAGCACAUGGUGAUGGUAACACAAGGCGGGGUGGGUGCUCCUGGAUCAGACACAGCAGCAGACACCCACGCCUCACCGUUCAUGUCGCCUCUUCCGCCUCCUCUCCCCUCCUCGCCGCUCUCCCUGCCGUGCCUCUCCCCCGAUACUCGCCUGUCAGAGGGGACGUGUGAGGGCGGGGGAGGAGGGGUGCUGGGAUGGGAGGAGGAGAGCUGGGAGGAGGGAGGAGGGGUUGGUGAAGGGGUUGAGAUGGGUGAAACGCGGUUGAUUGAGUGGAAUCAGGAAGAGGCAGCAGCAGAAGCAGUGGAUAAUGACUCACCUCCUCCCUCACUCCCUCUCGUCCCCGCACCAGCUCAACCCUCCCACCCCAUGCAUCCUCCAUCCCAUUCCCAUCUCCACCCUGCUUCUCUCACUCCACCCCCUUCUCUCUCUCCCUCUCCUCCCCAACCCCGUGCUCCCUCUCUCCCUCCGCGCGCCUCACUCCCGCCUCUCCCGCCUUCGUUCCCCUGGCACCCUGCUAUGCUGCCUUGGCACCACCAGGCCAUACCGCCCAGUCAACGCCCAUCUAACAACCCCUCUGUCACGCCCAAUCACCCUUCAUGGAACCCCACGUUUCGCCCUCCUACCAACAUGACACCUGCUGACUUCCAGAAGUUGAAGCAGCGCCAGACAGCACCUCCCCCUGGCUGGGGACAGAUACCACCUGCUCCGGGAUCGGGUCAGAUACCACCACCCACUGGUUGGGGACAGAUAACACCCCCCCCUGGAUCAGGUCAUAUACCACCUCCCCCUGGCUGGGGACAGGGUUGGGGAUGGUGGGUAGGUGGAGGCAGGGGCAAGGCCGGGGAGGAGGGAGAAGAGGGGCGGGAGGGAGUGAGUGCAGGGAGGAAGAGACAAAAGAGAGUUAGUUUCUGGGAUGGGGGCACCGCAAGGGGAGUUGGGGGGAUGUGGGGUGAGGGAGGAGGGCCGGCAGCGGAUGCGGGGAUGGGGAGCGGUGGGAGGAGGAUGGACGGGCGGAUGGGUGGACGAGUGCUGAAGGGAGAGGAAGAAGUGGAAAAGGACCCGCGUCUGCUGCGCUCUCGCCUGACAGUGGAGUGGCUUGUGCGCAUCGCUGAGACGCGCAGGCACUGCAUGGCCUCUGCCCCGCUGCACUCCCUACGGAGCCGGAGAAGGCAAAGGAAUGGGGCAGUGAUUGAGGGAGAGGAGGGUGGUGGGAGCUGGGAGGAUGAGGGUCAUUUUCUAUUCACCACAAGACGGGACCUACAGGAGGGUGUGGAAGAGGAGGGGGAAAGGGGCAGCAGCGGUCCAGGGAGGGGCGGCAGGUGGGAGGACGAGGAGGAGGAGUACGAGGAGGAAAACGAGGACGAUUGGGAGGAUAUUCAGGGGCGAAGGGAUGGAGGACGGAGGAGACGGGGGAGAGGCAGUGGUAGGGGAGUGGAGGGGAGAGGUAGAAGAGGAAGCAGAGGAGGGAGAGGCGGAAGCAGGGCGACGCAGGGAAGAGGGGGGAGCAGCAGGGGGAGAGGGCGAGGUGGAGGGAGGGGAGGGGCGAAGAGGCCGUUAGAGGCUCUUGCCCGUGCCAACCUUCCCAAUCUCAUCUUUGCCAAGAUACCCGUGCGUGCGCCUUCUGUGCUCCUGCGAUAUGCCUCCGCAUACCUCCUUUCCCCUUCCCCUGUGUCUCUCCUCUGUCCACUCCACCUCGUUGCUUCUCCUUGUGCCUCUGUGCCAUUGCCCCCCUCCCCCUCCGCAACAUCCCAACCAGCAAACCCCCGGGUCUUCAACCUCUUCCCGCGCCUCCCCCCGGCCCCUUCAGAGCGCUACAGCCACAACAGGAGGUGCCACAAGGAACGGAUUGCCUACCCUCUUUCACUCUCAACCCCUCCGCACCACACCAUACCCCUUACUCCCGCGCCUGAUCUCUCCCAGGGCGUCUUUAACUUCAAACCAAGGCCCUUCAGAUCGCUGCAGCAACAGCAGGAGGUGGUGCUGCGGAUGGAGGCCCUUCAGAGCGCUGCAGCCACAGCAGGAGGUGGUGCUGCGGGGGGAGGUGCCACAAGGGGCUGCCUUUCGUUGCGCCCUCGCACUGCAGGCACAGCAGGAGGUGGUGCUCUGCGAGUGGAGGUGCCACAAGGGCCCUCCAGAGUGCUGCAGGCACAGCAGGAGGUGGUGCUUCGGGUAGAGGUGCUACAGCAGGAGAAGCGGCAGCUCAAAGGGCAGGAGUUCCUAGUGCUGGGAAGCCAGCCGCUCACUGCUCUGAGGGACCGCAUAUAUUGCCUGCAGGACAGGAUCGCGAGGGAGCACGGCAAGUCGGUGCCAUCUGGGUGCUUCUGCAUCGAGGACGUUUUCUAUGACGACAUGCGGCAGCCUGGUGCAGUGCGGUACAGUGCGGUGAUCGUCAAGUGGAACAGGGAGAAGCGGGCGGCAUGGUCGAUGCUGGACGAGAGGGAGCGCCGCCGCAACACCCCCCUCGCCCGCCUGCCCCUGCCCGCUCCCGUGCGCAGCAUGGCUAUGGGUGGCGUAGGAUCAAUGGGAACCAGCCACACGUUUCAAGAGGAUGGGGCCCAUUUUGUUGCAAGAAUGGAGACGACCCGGUUCAGAGACCUGACUGUGCGGCCAGGAGCGCUCUAUGUGUACAUGCACCAGGGUGCAUGCAAGCAUGCCUUUCACAUCACUGACAUUCGCCUGCUGCAUGCUCUCGACCCGCUCAACGCGUCUGAAUAUCCCCUUCUCUCACAUGAGCCACGCUGCUACCUGCGCCGCUGCAGUGUGUGCGAUGUGAACGCAAGCACACGGGUGGUGUACCACGAUAAGCUGCUCGCUGUGGAUCCGUCCUUUCUGUGUGAACAGUGUUACCAUCUGUUACAUUAUGAUGAGGAGGGCAAUCUCUUGUAUAGCGAUUUCCAGGUGUACAAUUACUAUCAUGAAUAG